AUGGAGAAGCAACCUAUUUGUGGUAUUUGUCCUGAUGCUGAUGCCAAGGAUGAACCCAGAGGUAGAUGGGGCCCUAUUCUGCUAAAGAAAAUAAGUACUUAUUUUUCAAGGGGAUAUAACUUGGGAGGUGGUGAUAAUGGGCUGCUUGUGAUUAUUUGUAUUUUUCAGGAACUCUCUUCAGAAAGAGAAGCUAAAGCAAAAAAUUUCUCCCUCUUCAUUCCUGUGAGAUUUUGGUCGAUCAAGACUCUCGAAAGUGUUAGCGUGGGAAGAAAGAAACUUAAAAUGAUUACGAACUACUUGGGUGAAACUACGUUGUUACUAACUUUGGAAUUGAUUAACACGUAUCAAAUAAAGUUACUGAAUAAAUUGGGAUCUACAAAGAGAACAACAACCGGGGAAGGCUACUACGGGAGAGGCCCCAUCCAGCUAUCAUGGAAUUACAAUUACGGUCCGGCCGGAAACAGCAUUGGAUUCGACGGACUUAGCAACUCGGAAGCCAUGGCCACCGAUCCGGUUAUCUCGUUUAAGACUGCCUUGUGGUAUUGGAUGAAUAAUUGCCACUCAAUUAUGGUCUCUGGCCAAGGGUUUGGUGCAACGAUCCGAGCCAUUAACGGUCCUGUGGAGUGCAACGGCGGAAACCCGGCUGCAGUUAGUGCUAGGGUUACUUACUAG